AAUUCAAUAUAUACAUACAUAUAUAGCACUAGACUAGCUCAUCAUACAGGUAGUGUAGCCAUGUACAGUACAAGGCUAUCUGCAUCCCUGAAAUACACUCCCCGGGCCACUACAAAAAAAUACAGUAGAGAAUUAAUGUCGAUUUUGUACUACCUCAAGAAAACACUGAAAUACAUAUUCGAUCAUCAUCAUGAACUUUAUCAGUCAGUAAAUCUGAUUUUUCUUGUACCAUAGGGAAAAGAUAGAUUGUACAGAGUUUUGUGUAAUUAACAUAUUACAAAACUGAUUUCUCAUUCUUAGCUUCUCUAUGAAUCUUGAUCACUUCUAGGUUUGAAACGUUAUAUGUUUGUGAAGAUUCUUGUUAUCUUAUAGUUACGUGUAAUAACGUGACCCAGGCCAUAACAUUGUCAAAUAUAAUUUUGGGAUUGAUUUGAAUUUAGGAGUGUUUUAGUUACCUAAAAAUAUAUUAAAGAAAAGAGUGGAAUAUAAUGAUUGGUUUAUAGAGAAAGAAAAUUAAUGUUCAUGCAAGAUGGAUGAGCUAAUAAGAUCUGCUACAAACACAUACCAAAUUAUAAUCCACAUUCUUUAAUCUUUAUGAUAAUUUGUUCUACUGGUCCGGCGACCUAAUCGAGAGAACAUGAAAAGCUUAUGAAUGAUUAAUAUUUGUAAUUGUAUAUAACGUGGGUGGGGGGUUGUUUGUUAGUAUGUAUCAUAAAACAUUAAUAUUUACGAAAUGAUGGAGGGAAAGAAUGUAAUGUUGAAAACGGGUUUUCUGUUAGUGUUGUUGGUGGUGUGUCACGCGGCGGAGAGCAAGUGGAUGCCGGUGAUGCCGGUGAUACCCAACCGCCCGCUCUGCACGUCGCAGUUCACGCUCGUGAACCACGCGUGCGCGUUCCUGCCCUACACGCCCACGCCGCACCACCGUUCCCCGCCGUCACCGCAGUCUUCGGUUUACUCGAGCGACGUCGACGACCACCACCGCCGCCACCACUCCCCGCCGGAGGGCGGCGGCCGUCAUCACCAUGACGGCGACCGGAACCACCAGGACGGCGGCCGGCACCACCAGCAGGACGGCGGCGGCCGGCACCACCACCAGGAUGGCGGCGGCCGAGGACGGAGGAGCGGGGAGGGGCAGCACCGGAGGCACCGGCGCCGGCACCACCACGAGUCCGAUGUGCAGCAGGACUGCUGCCGGUGGCUCAAGGAAGUCGACGACGAGUGCGUGUGCGAUUUGCUGGUUCACCUGCCGCCGUUCCUGUCCCGGCCGCUCCACAGGUACACCGUCAGGGUCGACGACACCUGCACCGUCACGUUCCAGUGCGGUUCCAGACUCAAACUGCCAUAGCCGCCGUCCGCCGCCGCCGGCGGCGGUAGCUAGGAGCAACCUAAGUUGUACGUGUUUACAUAUAUACAUACAUACUACUUACAGUUUUUGUGUUUUGCAGUCUGUUAAUUAACUACCUUAAUCUGCGCUUUUUUUCUUUUCUUUUCUUUUUGGUUUUUCGAUCCAACUAUGAUG